UUCUUCUGGCCAAACCUGAUGGAUGACACAAAAUGGUACCUAAGGACAUGCAGCAAAUGCCAACAACAACAGAUGAGACAUGUGGUUAUUCUGCCCAUGGUACAGACUCUGCAACUGCUAUUCUUUCGAGCUCACUGCAACACAAUGUUCAUGCCACCCUCAAAAGACAAUGGUUCUCCUUGGAUCAGUGCUAUGAAUUCCCUCAAGGAAAAGUACCACUUGAACCACAUUCAAAUUUUGAGCUACAAUCCAAGGGCAAACAGAAUUGUCAAACAGAGUCACCAAACGGUUCAAGAAUUGAUUAUCCAUUUGAUGUCCAAAGACAAGUCGAAAUGGCCUGAAGUGAUUCUGGCUGUAUUCUGGGCACAACAAAUAUCUAUUCACAGUGCUACAGGAAUGAGUCCUUUCUACAUGGCUCACAGAAUUCACCCCCUUCUGCCAAUGGACAUUAUAGAGGCAACUUGGCUAGCUCUGCCCCCAGAUCAACUCCUGUCAUGUGCAGACUUAGUGGCAUUCCACACUCAACAACUCCUGAAGAGACCAGAGAACUUAGCAGAAACUGAAAGGAGGAUUUCGAAAGCUCAAUAUGUAUCUGUGGAUGAUCCUAAGAGACCAACUGGUGCCCUGACACUGAUGUACAAUCAUGACUUUGAAACAGGCGACUUAGUCCUCAUCAGGAACAGCAGACAGGAUGGCCCCCUCCACAACAAGAUGCAGAGUUGGUAUAUGGGACCAUAUAUUGUUGUCAAGCAGAGAUCCAGAGGCGCUUACAUAGUGGCCAGACUCAACAGUUUGAUAUUCCAACAUACAAUUGCUAAGUUCAGGGUGAUUCCUUAU